GUGGCGAUCUUCCUAAACCCGAUAUCGUACCGACGAGAGCGGCAACUGCCUCUAAAACGUGUCAAAUCUCAAUCAAACCACACACGAAUCGACCAUUAACUUUCGUGAUGCCAAAAUAGGGGCCGUUACCGAACUAUUUUUCGACGUUUAACGCGAAGUACGAGAAAAAAUAUACCCAAUUUGAGACGGGGAAGUCCCCGCGAGGAAAUCCCCUCUUCAUAAGAUAAUUUCGAAAUUGAGUGAGGCUCUCGCAGGCUGAAGCUUUUCGCCUUUGGUCUACAGCAGACGCAUGUAGUGAGCCCAUGACACUCAAACCCGUGCAAUCUAUGGGAAAAUUGAACUUUACGUUUUUGUUUUAACGCGCCGGCGGAUUGUUCAGAAUGGAUGAGAUCAAGAGGGAGAACGACGCGCUGAGGGCGAAGCUGCGCGGCUGCUCUACGCUCAAUACAUGUUACCACGAAACACAACAAGAAAUUGUUCGUUUAAACCAAUUGGUGACCUCCAAAGACGGAAUUAUUGCCGAUUUGAGGGCAAGACUGGGGAAGUACGAGAAAACGGUGGUCAUGGAGGGAGAGGAGCCCUGUAUUUUAGGGCCGUCGAAAUCUCUCAUCGAGAGCUUGUGUAAGGAAAUUUGCAAAUUAAAGCAAAAGCUGAAGGAAUCAGAGGCGGACGCCACCCAGAGAUUGCAAACCAAUAAAACAGAGAUCCAAAGGUUGCAAGAAAAGCUGAAGGAGAAGGAUCAAGAGCUGGAGACCAUCAGGGAAAGGCCCGACCAGGAAAAAGAAAGAGAAAUUCAUCGACUGCGCUCCACAUUGGCCGAGAACGAUCGGACACAUGCCACCAGGGUCGUCCUCUGCAACUCUCUUGCUGAAGAAACCGAGCAGUUGAGGGCGCAGCUGGGGGCCACCGUGCAGGUGUGCCAGGAGCUUUUGGGACGGCUGGAGAAAGAGAGAAGCAAGACGGCCACGACGGACCAGAGAACUGAAGCAAACGAGACAAAAGAUUCCCCUGAGCUUCCCCGUCUAAAUGUCAUCAGCAAGUUAGAAGAGGAAAACGACCAGCUUAAAAAGAGAGUUGCAUAUGUGGAAAGUUUAAACUCAAAGUGGCAGAAGUACGACUCCAGUAGAGAAGAGUAUGUGAGGGGUUUGUGUCAGAAGUUGAAAGAGUCAAACGGCCUGGCAUCCGCAGAUCCGACCCUGACCCAAACUCCGGCUGCAGGCAACGUGGCUUUGUUCCAGCAGGAGAUCACACGACUCAACGGCCUCCUGCAGGACAAGAUGAUGGAGUGCGAGAGGCUCGGCAGAGAGAGGGAUGGCGGCAAAAGAGACCAGGAGCGCAUUCAGAUGCUCGAGCAACAGGUUUUGGCCUAUAUUGAGGACUUCAAAUCAGAGAGGGCAGACCGAGAAAGGGCACAGGGUAAAAUCCUGGACCUUCAAGAUGAAGUCGGGCGACUUCAACUGCAAAUACGCACACAGAGCGUCCAAGAUGCCUCAUCCUCACGGCGACUUCACAUGGGUCUAAAAAAAAUUCCCCACCGACAGACGGACACUGCGGAACCACGAAGGAACAGUCCCCCAGAAUCAAGCUCAAAGAGGACUAUCAGUAACACGGCGCCGCAGGGAGCCGCUGCACUGCAGUGCCCUCGCUGUCUCACCACGUAUGACGACGAGCACGCGACCGAAUACCUAAACCACUGGGACGAGUGUGCCAAGCUGUGAGUCUCUCACCUCACUGACUUUUCACAGGGCACAGAAAGCACUGAGGACAGAAUCACUACAGGCUGGCAGACUAUGGGAUGUUUGACAGGGUGUUGAUGAAGGCGGCGGCACGUUUAAACAGGAUGGAGUCAAAGGAAGAGCUCGUUUCGUUUUUUUAUUUUUAGGCUUUGCUUUUCGAUUGUGGGCUUGGUUGAUGUUUAGAAGGUCGCUCGUGGCGUAGGACUCAAGACAUGACUUUGGGUUGGUCAUUUACAGUUUAAAGGCUUACUCACUGAACGCAGAUGCUUUGGUUACGAAAAGUUAUUUAAUUUCAAACAUUUGUGGUUUAUAAGUCACUGGGUUCGUCACUUGUUUGGUUUCAUGGUUUUCAGCUUGGCACAUUUUGUCUAAGCGUUUUAAUCAAAUUUGACUUAUUACUGUAUUGCAGAUCCGUGUAUAAUUCAGAUGGAUGGUAAAACUGGUAUCAUAUACCUCACCGAUAUGUAUUCUCUUCAUCAGCUGGUUUGCACUUUUUGCUUUUAAUUAUUGCUAAAUACAGAUGAUAAAAGUACAUUUUCCUAUUUAAUACAUAAGCUUCUUUAUUAUUAGACUGUUGAAUAAUUCAUACGCUUGUUAUGGUGCUAUUUGUAAAGAUUGUUGUUAUAUUUUUAUAUUUCCUUUUUCGUCUUUUUGUAAGAAUAUGUUAUUUGCCUUGGGAUUACAUUUUAAAUCAGAAAUUUUAAUUUGUAUCAAUGUACAGAGCAGCACAGCGCACACUAUUAAUAAUCUUUUAUAUAUAUAUAUAUAUAUAUAUAUAUAUAUAUAUAUAUAUAUAUAUAUAUAUAUAUAUAUAUAUAUAUAUAUAUAUAUAUACACACACACACACACACACACACACACAAUUGUAAAUGUUAAAAUGCUCUGUCAUACAAGAUGUCAUUACAUUCUCAAGAGUUUAAGGCACCUUUUGACUGUGAGGUACUUGCCAUUCUGAUCCCCCUCUGCAGUUGAAAACAUUCUAGUUUUAAGUAAGAGAGGAAGUUCCCUACAUCCUGGUAAAUUGAGACGUGAAAUUUUCACAUCUUAGAUGCUGCCUAUGACAAGAUGGCCUCCUAUUGCUGCACAUUUAAACACUUGAUCAGGAUUUUAAGGCACUAACAGCAAAAAAAUUAAUUGACAAUAAAAAGUAUAUAUAUAUAUAUAUAUAUAUAUAUAUAUAUAUAUAUAUAUAUAUAUAUAUAUAUAUAUAUAUAUAUAUAUAUAUAUAUAUCACAGAGAUGCCAAACUAAGACAUGAGCAAUGUGGUAACUACAGGAAGAUUUAUUUUUAUAAUAAAAAUAUACGCUUAAGGACUCUUUUUGAAGCCGUGUAAUCUUGUUCGUGUCUGUGAGUGUUUGUACAGUCAAAAUGUAAUUUUUAGUAAGAUAUGGGAAACCAGACACGAGAGAGUUGUGAUAACGCUGGCAAGAUCAUGAGGCAUAGUGUGUCAUAAAGCAUUAAACUCAAGUCCCAUGGGA